AUGUCUUUUCCUGUCACUUGUUUCGUACUGUUGCGACGGCGUUUGUUUUCAACAACUCAAAAGCUAGGGCUGCAACCAUGGUCAUACAAUGAUGCUUCGAAUUGGAUCAACAAAUUCAACAAGGAUAAGAUUCCUCAAGAUCAACUGCGCAUUCUGUUUAGUCGUAGUAGUGGUCCUGGCGGUCAGAAUGUCAACAAAGUCAGUACAAAGGUAGAUAUGCGACUGCGCCUAAACAAGAAGGACAGUGAUGAAUGGCUUCCUAGCUACGCCAUCGACAAGCUCAAACUAAACAAAUCGAACGAAUUGGUCGUGACGUCGGAUCGGACGCGUUCACAAGCAAAGAAUAUUCAAGAAUGUUAUGACAAAUUGGUCGAUACCAUCAAAUCAGCAGUGGCGGUGCCCAAAGAUCCUGAUCAGGCAAGUCUGGAUCGUCUUGCUGCCAUGUGA